CGGUGCUUUUCCUGUUCUUCUGCGAUGUCCGAGAGAGAUCUCACCCUCACCCGUCCAUCCUGAAGGAUUCAACUCCACUGCACUCGGCCAUUUUGGCGGAUCGAGAGAAAAAGCCUCAUCCGGCGAGUGACCGACAUUAGGGCUGGGAUGGUUCCAUUCGGGGGCUCGGUCCGCCGCCCGUGCAGAAGUCUUGCCUGAUGCGCUUUAGUUCUGCUGUCAACGUCAGGACAUGCUUGGCCGCCUCGGUCUGUAUGCAUCAACUAUACAGCUUUUGUUGCUCUGUCGGUCGUAGGUGUUCUUCAGCAUUUAGAAGGUCGAAAUCAUGUCUAUAAAAGCGAUUCUCACGGCCAGAGAUAUCGUCACGAAGCAGACAGUAAGAAAAUCCUUCAAUCCUCCCGUCUUACCUGAUCAGAGUCAGCAUGACUGCUUUAUCCAAGUCUCGGUCUUUUCUGGCUCUCGCUAUCUGCGUGGCUCAUGCUUCCGCAGCAGCCAUUCUUCCUCGCGCGAGCAAUUCCUCCAGGUCGGUGGUUAAGAAAUGCGAGGGAUACGACUAUCCUCGUGUGCUCUGCCUCGAUCGCUACGCCAGUGUCAUGAACCCCGACUUUCGUCGACCAGCGAACAAUGAGCUUGCCAACCCGGACAAGCUGACGGACACCGUCAUUCCGAGUGAUCCGGCUUGGGAGGACAUUAAAAAAGCCGACUUUGUCAUCUUCAACGAGAAGCUGGCUGCCGAGUUCCUCGGCACCGAGGACCAGCUCGAGUUUCUGUUUGAGAUCACUAAAGGUGGCCAUGAAGCUCCCGUGUACGCUCCAAAUACCAACGAGUUCUAUUUCUCAGACCUCGCUACGGGAGUCGACGGAUUGUCCCAACAGGUUCUGGAUCUGUCAACCGAUCCUCCAACCCUGGGCCGGGUCGUCGCCGAUCCCCCUAUCUAUGCCCCGGCAGGUGCUCGUUAUCGUAAUGGCCUGAUCUACUAUUCCGCCGCGGGAGGCAACACCUCGCUGGAUGGACUGACUUACCGUCCGGGCGUUGUGAGCUUCGACCCGGUCACCAAGAAGUCCGAGGUGAUCGUCAACAACUACUACGGAUACUUCUUCAACACGGCCGAUGACCUCGACAUCGACGAGAAAGGCGGUAUCUGGAUCACCGACCUCCAAUAUGGCCGGAAUGUCGGCCUCAACACCGAAUGGCAACAGUUGGAAGCCGCCACUUACCGCUUCGAUCCGGAGACCGGAAGUACCUCCCUUGUUGAGGACUCGCUGGGCGCCCCGAAUGGAGUCUCUUUUUCUCCGGACUUCAAGACCCUGUAUCUGACUGACAGCAACGCUGACUGGGCCAACACUGACCCCACCGUCCCCAACGAAGAGGUGCAAUAUCUGACGUACAACACCACUGGAAAACGGACGAUCUAUGCGUAUGAUGUCGAUGAAACCCAGACGGUCAUUUCGAACAAGAGGGCCAUUUACCUGGCCGUGGACUUUGUGCCCGAUGGCCUCAAGGUCGCUGAGAAUGGGUACCUCGUCACCUCGACGGGUCAUGGCAUUGAUGUCCUAACUCCCAAGGGAAUCCCCAUCCUUCGGAUCCAGACGAACUACACUACCGCGUCGAUUGACUUCGGUGGACCGGAUUAUGACCAGCUGUUCAUUGUGGGACAUGGAGGAGUGUCCCGAGUCAAAUGGGGCUUGAAGGGUCAAGCGUUUAAGUGAUUAUGUGAUGCGCAAGGUAAAUUGAUGAGCUAUUUUCGGUUGAUGUGAGGUGCUCGUGUUGGCGGUGAAGUGGAG